AGAAUCAAUGAUAACAUUUUAAACUGCUAUAUUAUAAAACUUUAAUAUUCUAGAUUUUAAUAAAAUAAUAAAUCUUAAAAAUAUAAUAAAAAUUGUUUAACUUGUGAAAAUUUAAUCUUUUAAUUAGUAACAUAUAUAAUGGAAAUGGUAUGAAGAAUCUAGCAGAAGCUGAUAUAAAUAUUCGAUAAAUUUUAUAGUUAAUAUUGUAAUUUUAAUUAUCAGUGCGAUUAAGUUUGUAUUGCCUGAAUUAUUUAUAAAGAGUAUAUUAUUUAAUAAAAAAUAAAAAAAUCUUGUUAAAAUAAAUGAACUGUAGAAAACUUAGUGUAAUUAUUUGUCACGGCUGAAAUGUCGUAUAAAAUUGGACAGCGUGUCGAAGUUCCUGGCAAAGAUUGUCAAGGAGUAAUAGCUUAUAUUGGACAUUCGAGUUUUGCUCCAGGAAAGUGGAUUGGAGUCAUACUUGAUGAACCAAAAGGAAAAAACAAUGGAACUAUCAAAGGUCAAUCUUAUUUUAAAUGUGCUGAAAAUCAUGGAAUGUUUGUACGACAGUCGCAACUUAUUUUACUGGAUGAAGCAGGUAAUAGAACUGAACCUGCUAGUCCUUCUUCAGCAGGUAGCAAUGCUACUACACCAGAUGAAACUAGUGCAGCACGUGCUAGAAGUCGAUUGAAUAGCAUUAGUACACGUAGAAGAAAUGAACCAACUGCAGUACGGAGAAAAACAUCUCCUGCUCAUACAAGACAACAAUCAGACAAGCUCUCUGGUUCAAGACUAUCAUUGGCUGGUAGUAGAACACUUUUAAGUGCUCCAAGUACAGAAAGUUUAUCUGGAUCACAUCAUGAACGUAAAGAUGGAGGAGAAUCAUUAAUACCAGCCCCAACAUCCACUAAAGGAGCUUCAUUUGUUGAGAAGUCCCCUAGCACGAGCUCGCCUCCCGGCAAAAAGCCAAAGGCCCAAGAUGAUCACAAUAAUACAGGUUUUGUAGAGACUUUGAAACCGCAGUUUGUACCUGGUCAAGUAAUGGCAGGCUCUGCAGCAGCUGCAAAUGUAGUAGAAGAAAAAUUAUCACAUUUACAACUUCAACAAGAAAAUGAAAAUCUGAAAUCUCAGGUUCGCGAUUUAACUGAAAAAAUAGAAACCUUACGAGUAAAGAGAAUGCAAGAUAAAGAACGAAUAAAAGAUUUUGAAAAAACAAAACUUCAAGUUGAUCAACUUAUUGAAUUCAAAACAAAAGUUAUGGAGAGCCAAGCUAGUCUUCAAAGAGAAUUACAACGCGCACGCCAAGAAGCAAGAGAAGCACAUGCAGCGAGAGAACAAUUUCAAGAAGAAAUGGCAGAUCUUGCAGAAACUGUAGAAAUGGCAACAUUAGAUAAAGAGAUGGCCGAAGAAAAGGCUGAAACAUUACAAAUUGAAUUAGAACAAUUGAAAGAAAAAUUGGAAGAACAAACAUUAGAUUUAGAAAUAUUACGAACAGAAGUGUCUGAAAGAACCGCAGGAGGAGGUUCAACUGCUGGUGUUUCAAAUUAUGAAAUAAAACAAUUGGAACAACAAAAUAAUCGACUGCGAGAAACUCUUGUUAGAAUGCGAGAUCUUUCUGCACACGAAAAACAUGAAUUUCAAAAACUUCAGAAAGAUUUAGAUCAAAAGAAAUCUGAAAUAUUAGAAUUAGGUCGUACAAAAGAAAAAUUGUCUACCCGAGUAGAAGAAAUGGAACAUCAGAUAGCAGAUUUACAAGAACAAGUUGAUGCUGCAUUAGGUGCUGAAGAAAUGGUUGAAGUACUAGGUGAGAAAAAAAUGGCGUUAGAGGAAAAAGUUGCAGAAUUGGAAGAGGCAGUUGCAGAUUUAGAAGCUUUACAAGAUAUGUCCGAUCAACUUGCUGAAUCAUCAAAAGAAUUAGAAUUAGAAUUGCGAGAAGAAUUAGAUUUAGCGCUUGGAGCAGCACGUGAUGCUUAUCGACAUCGAGAUGCUGCUUUAGAAACAUUAGCAGAUCGUGAACUUACAAUUACAAAGUUUCGUGAACUUACUCAUCAACUACAGGAACAGUGUUUGCAAUUGCAACAACGCGUACAAUCAACUGAAACAUCUAAAUUUGGAAUGGGAGGCGCAGAGCAACAAUUAGCAGAAAUUUUAGAUUUUCAAAAAACUUUUGCUGAAACUCGCGCCCAAACAAAAGCUGUUGAUCUUGAAUUACGACGGUUAGAAGCUGAAGAAGCUCGAAAUCAUGUAAAAUAUUUAUUAUCUUUUAUGCCUCCUGCAUUUUUAGCACGAGGUGGAGAUCACGAUGCUAUUUUAACGCUUCUACUUAUACCAAGAAUGAUACAAAAAACUGAAAUACUUAUGUCACAAGUGCGAGAAAAAUAUAGAUCAUUGGAUAAAGUAGAUAGAACAAUUGUUUUAAAGGGUCAUUCAGUAGCGCAAUAUACAUUCAGAUCGCGUCUUUGUUCAUAUAUGUAUGCAUUACAAACUUUUCUUGGUUGUUUUGAAUCUGCAUUAAAUGUAUGUAGUCCUGAAAUGUUACUUAAAACUGGAGCAGUUUAUCCAGAAAUGGCCGCACAGGAAAAAUCUUUAGAUUCUUUGAUAGAUUUAGCAAAAAAAGAUCAAUUAGAUGAAAAUCUACCAAUGGAUGCUAUCGAAAAAUGUUGUGGAUACUUUUGUACUAUGUUUUCUGUAUUAUUUGGGGAAACUAUUAACCAAGCUCGUUUGAUAGUUAAUGGUACAAGAAUGUUGGAUAGUGCUUGUGAUGCUAUUACGACUGAUGCUGCAGCAAUUAAAACUUUAAUUCAGGGAGAUAGCGGUGAUAUAGGACUUCUUUGUCAACAUGCGGAGACUACAUGUGAAGUAAUUCAACAACAUUUAAAAUCAGCUAGAAGACGAGUAUUGACAGAUCAUGCUGCUGCACUUCAUAUCGCAGAAUCUAACUUGGGAUUGGACAAAGAUUGUAGCGAACAACUUUUUACAUGUUAUCAACAUGCUGUGAAAAUGAUGAAAACUUUACAGAUUUUAUUGAAAAGUGCUGUACAAGCAAUUAUUACUAAUGGUGACUUAGAUACAGGUCUCAGUGUAGAUAAAUUGAAAGAAAUGGCUUCUAUUUCGUGUGAGAAAGUUUAUGAUACAGAAGAUAUAGGACCUGUAGCUACGAUUAAAGGAAGUUUGUCAAGCAUUCAACAAUUAGCUGCUAGUUUAGCACAAAAAAUGGCAGAAUGUGAAAAUGAAUUAGCAAUAAGUGGACAUUUAUCACAACAACGGGAACAAAAUGCGGAAAAUGAAUCUGUACAGCCUAUUAAAAUAAGAGCACAAGCAGCGAAAAAAGAAGCUGAAGAAAUCAAGAUACUUAGUAGGAAAUUGGAAGCAAGAGAUAGUGAUAUACUUGAAGCAAGAUUAGCUCUUAGGGAAAAACAAGAAGAAUUAUGUGAAAUGAUUUUGAGAAAAGAUGUUGUGGAGAAAAAACUUGCAACUCAACAACAUGAGCAUGAAUUGAAUGUAGAAAAAUUAAAAAGAAAAUUAGAAGAAGCAUUAAAUCAAUUAAAACGAAAAGAAAAAGAAUUUGAAGAAACAAUGGAUCAUCUUCAAACAGAUAUUGACAGUUUAGAAAUUGAAAGAGGCCAAUUAAAAGAAAAAUUAAAAUCUGUUGGGAAAAAGACAAUGUUGUCUGCAUCUGGAACAGAUAAUAUAUCUGGAAGUAUUACAACAACAUCUGGACUUCAAUCGAUAGAUAAUAAAUUUUUGAUGCAAGAGAUAACUGCCCUUAAAGAAGCAUUAAAUAGUGAAAAUCAACAAAGGAAGAAGUUAAUGUCUGAUACAUUACGUCAGAAAUUAGAAAGUUUGGAUCCAAUAAUUUCUCCAUUAAAACAGGAAUCAAUUGAUGCAAAAAUACAAGAAUUAAAACAAAAAACUAACGAUCUUAGCAAAAAUAUUAAACAAGUCAUGACAUUCCCUAUCGUUCCUGAUUUAAGGCGUAAUAAGGCACAUGAUUUGGAAGGGCCACCAUUAGAGAAAGCAUUGCCAGUUUAUCAACUGUUACAACGGCAGAUAGUCAUGAAAGGAUUAAAAGAACGAGCUGAUCAAUUGAUCAAUGAAGUUCUUGAAGAAGUUAUACAAAGAACAGUAGGUGGAAUGGCUGAAGCCAAUUUUGCAGUAUUCCCAAAUCGUGAAAUGGCCGCGGCAAUGCAAAAAAAUCAAUUGCUUGCUGCAGAAAUUGCAAUUCCUCAUGAAGGUCAAGAAAAAGUUUUUACUGUUAAUGUAGGAACGCAGGAACUUAGGAAAAUUCAUACUUUGCUAUGCUAUUAAUUUUCAUUUGCUAAUUCUUAAUGCUAUACAUUAAUGUGGCAGAAUACAUUACCACAAAAAUAGUGGUAAGUGCAAUAUAUUUGUAAAAUAUUAAUUUGUAAUGUUCGCUUUUUGAUCACUUACACAUAAGCUAUGGUAGGCAUACACACAAUUAAUCUAUUUUAUGUGUACCAAAAAACUAAUAAUUGAUUUAUUAUAUCCGAUGAAAGGAACAAUUUAAAUUUAGUUAAUUUUGGAGCGUGCGAUUUUUAUUUAUUUAUGAAUUGACUACAGCACGAUGACCGGUGCAUUGUAGCUGAUAGUCUGUCUCUAGUAUUUUAUUAUCUUAAAUUCAAUUAUUAUUAUUAUUAUUAUUAACAAUUUGAACGAUAAAAUUAUGUGUUUCUAUGGUUUCUGUAUAAUAUUUUUCGGGAAUCGUCAAAUAUAUGAUUUAAAAAUAUUUACAUAAAUAUCCUUUACAUAUCCCAUGUGUUAAGAAUAUCGCAACACAGUUUUCGGGAGGAAGAAUGUAUAUCGUUCAUUUUGAACAACACGCUACUACCAUUCUGAAUAACUAUAAUAGUGUGUAUUGCCAUCAAAAUUGACACUUAAUGAAAUAGAGACUAUAAUACAAUGUUCCAUUUUUUAUUUUUUAGCAAUAAAAGGAGCAAUAAACUGUUGAUGAUUUUCAUUAUUUAUGAAAUAACGUAUGUCUUAAUUACUGUCAUAAUUUUAUUAUACAUACACAUUGUAUGUAUGUAUACCACAUAUAUAAAGCAUUAUUUAUAUACAGAAUAUCUUGUGAGGUAUUUAAUGAACAUUUUUCACGUGUUCGAUAAGUCAUUAAGAAUAAAAAAAGAAUAUAUAAAAUUAUAGACUUUUUUAUUUUUAUAACCAAGAUAAAUAUUAUUUAGAUUUAAGUAUAACGAUAAAUGCUAGGAUGGAAUAAGAUUCAAUAUUCUCUUAUGUUUAAUAGUAUGUAAAAUGUAGAUUAUAUUUGUUAUAUUUACAUAGAAAUUUUGUUGCAAUUAAAAUAAAAAUUAUAGCAUUCUAAUAACAGUUUUCUAUUACGAUAUAUAUUAUUAAGGAUAUGUAUAGGAUUUUAAAAGGAUUGGAUUUUUUUCUAUGAUUGAAUAAAAAAAAAUGAGAAAAAUUGGUGCAGCACAAUAAAUACAUUGAGUAUAAUGUGAUUUACUCUUGUGUAUACACAAGUUAUUAAUAACGAUUAACAUUCUCGUUAUUUAUUUUGUUACGUUGUUAUAUUAUUAGUAUUCUAUUGUGAUAAAAAUACGAUGGUAAUGUUUAUUGACAACAACAAUUAACAUUAUAUGCAUAAAUUGAAGAUUGCCUAUUUAAUAAACAUUUAAGAUAGAAAACCAUAAUUAGAUAUAAUUUUACUACACAUGUAAUGUGUUCUCUUUAACAUAACUGGAUAACAAAAUUAAAUAGAAGUAUAAAGUAUAUGACAUUUUUUUAUUCAGAAUGAUUUGCUGAACACGUGGGAAAAAUCUGUUGAAUACCUCGCGGGACAUCCUAUAUAUACACACAUACAUACCAGAUAAUAAGUGCAUAUAGCAUUAAUUAUUCAUUAAUUUACCCAUUCAUUCAUUCUCACUGCAUAGUAGUACACACUUUUACUCAUUAAUUUUUCGUUUCCUUAUUUUUUAAUAAUAGCAAUAAUAUUAAUAAUAAAAAUAAUAUAAUAAUAAUAAACCAUACAUUCACUCAAAGAUAUUUUAUGAUUAUAUCUCUUUUUUUUUUAAAUUACUGUCUAAAAAUUUCAUUAAACAAAUUGUCCUCCCAAAAUAUAAUGGUACACAAGAUCCAGUCGUAUUCCUUGUAUCUUAGUUCAUACUAAAGCUGACCAGAUGUUUUUUGUCUUUUUUCAUUUUUUUUUUUAAUUUUCGAUUUUUGUUUUUUUUUUUUUUAGAAUAUUUUCAUAGUAAGAACAUGAGUUAACAUCAUUGAUUAUACAUCAUUUUGGAAGUAGUGCUUGGAACAUAGACGUGAAUAUUGGCGCAACUAGAACGAUUGAAAAAAAAAAAACAAAAAUUUUCAAUGACAGAAACGAGUCUUUCAAAA